AUGGCUGAGCGGCAGGGCGGGGAGCCCGAGUGCCCUGUCUGCUGGAACCCCUUCAACAACACGUUCCACACCCCCAAAGUGCUGGACUGCUGCCACUCCUUCUGCGUGGAAUGCCUGGCCCACCUCCGCCUGGUGACUCCAGCCCAGCACGGGCUGCUGUGCCCCAUCUGCCGCCAGCCCACCGUGCUGGCCUCCGGGCGGCCUGUCACUGACUUGCCCACGGACACUGCCAUGCUCACCCUGCUCUGCCUGGAGCCCCUCCAUGUCAUCCUGGAGGGCCACCAGCUCUGUCUCAAGGACCAGCCCGAGAGCCGCUGCUUCCUGCGCCAGCUCCAGGUCUGUACGCCGGACGUAGACACGGAGCCCGGAAGCCAGACCGAGGACCCCCAGGCCGUGGCCCCUGCCUCCACCACUCCUGGGUCCCAUCGCAUCCCCACCUUCCACACCCUGAGGCAGUGUUUGCAGGACCCCGAGCUCCCGAUCGUUGCCUACCUGAUGCUUUUCAUCUUCGGUGCCGCUCUGUUGUCCUUAUUCUUCAUCUCUUGGGCCAAGAAGUUCCUUUGGUAUGUGGGGUGA